AUUCUUGGGCAUUUGUUUUGGGUGUCGCCGGGAGGAAGGUUUGUUUGGGGAAGGAUCAGAAAGAUUGUUAAAGAUGAUGUCCAAGUGGAAAAAAAUCAUUGACGAGAAUCGAGAACACAACAACCCGGAAAUAGAUCUGGUAGAUCGUCAUGUUGUCAACAUAACUGAAGUCCCAGGGCUGAUGUCCCUACGUCAUCUAACCAGGCUGACACUGAGUCAUAAUAAAAUAUCUAUUAUUCCAGCCAAUAUUGCUGAUUUUGUCAACUUGGAGAUUCUGAAUUUGUUUAACAACAUCAUUGAGGAAUUACCUACCACUAUCAGUUCCUUGCCAAAACUGCGCAUUCUUAAUCUGGGAAUCAACCGUUUGUCAUCCUUGCCAAGAGGAUUUGGAGCUUUUCCAGCUUUAGAGGUUUUGGACCUAACCUACAACAAUCUCAAUGAACAGUCACUACCGGGGAAUUUCUUUUGUCUCGACACCUUAAGAGGACUGUAUAUGGGUGACAAUGAUUUUGAAGUUCUUCCACCUGAUAUUGGAAAAUUGAAAAACCUUCAGAUUCUUGUUUUGAGAGACAAUGACCUAGUGUACUUGCCAAAGGAAAUUGGUGACCUUCAGAGAUUAAGAGAACUUCACAUUCAAGGAAACCGUUUAACAGUUUUACCUCCAGAACUUGGUUUGUUGGAUUUGGUUGGCACCAAGCAAGUAUUUAAAGCUGAGAACAACCCAUGGGUACCUCCAAUUGCGGACCAGUUUCAAGUUGGCAUUUCACAUGUGUUUGACUACAUUCGAUCUGAUACCUACAAGUUUUUGUAUGGGCGUCACAUGGCUGCUGGAGCAGCUCCACCUCCGAAGACGAAUGACAAAUCGAAGAAAAUCAGCAGGAAAAACUAAUAUAGUUGGAACAGGGGCUUCAGAGGAUUGUGGACCCAUUGAUACCCAUACAGAAAAUUGUAGGACAAGGAACACAGAAACGCCUUCAUACUAACUGAAGAAUGUCCUUCCUUGGUGGCACGUACUGCAUCAGCGGAGGCUGUUCUGUGAUGGUGUCUUAUACCUUGAGCUGGCAUCUAUGCAUCAUGGUCACAUUUAAUCAUCUAUUUUAAUGACUUUUCAUCUGCCUUCAUAUUGUCAUCUACUCUGUCUACAGUGAAUCUCAUUAUGAACUUACUAUGUAUCUGGAAGCAUGCAUGUUGCAGGUGCUGUUAGGCUAUGUGAAGAGUCUGUCAUCAGACAUUUUGUACGUACAUUCUGCUGCCUUAUUUUAGAUGAAUGAAAUCUGUACAUCUGCUGAAACUCAUCCUGUAUACAUGUACACAAAGGUCUCCAGCAUUGACCUACGACUGACCUUUGCCUUGGUCACGUAACAUGUUUGCAAUGACCUCAGCCUAGCACAUGAUUGUAAUCUUUGUAGUGUCACUGUCAGUCAAUUUUAUGAGAAUACUUUAAUGAGAAUUUUGAAUGAAUUUUAGUGAAUGGAUCAUGCAGCCGAUUUCUCUUAGUGAUUUAAAUUUUUACUUCUGUAAAAUUGGCUAUAUGAAGUUGACUCCUGAUUCAACUUUCCUUUUUUUUUUUGCCUGCUAUCACGUUUUAGACUUUAUUUCUGCUGUUUAUUUCAUAAUGGUGCUCAUAAUUUAGAGGUUAACCAUGGGUACAUUACAUGUAGAUAUGUGUUUCGUAUUGUGUAUAUUUUAGCAAUAUAUUUAUACGUUAGAUUGUUAAAGGAUAUAGAAUAUCAGAACAAUCAAAUAGGAAUGCCUUUGAUUGACCCGAUGUUAGAAAAUUGCCACAAUAAAAGUAGUUUUUGUAUACAUUUUUUAUGAUUUUUAUUUCUGCCAGUUAAUUUAAGUUAUGCAUGCUACUCAUAAGUUAGCCAGACUGUGUUAAUACUUCUAUUACAUUUGCUACGUUUUUGUAUCUCUAAAUUUAGUAUUGCUACUGUCACUGCCCUGAUAGUCUGCCAUGAUAUUGGCUACACUAUGGUACGAUGCGAACGUGUAAGUUUGAGCCUUACAGAUCGUGAAAUUCUUCCAAUUUAACAUUGUAAUAAUCUUGUUAUCCCAAAGUGUCAAAUGCCUGUUAUUUGAUGAGUAAGUCUUGCAUAUCUCCAGUGUAAUCAUCCACAGAAAUCAUCCUAAUGUUUUUUUAAAAGUUAGGAGGUAUUCAAGCCGUUCCUGGCUUCUCAUAAGCUAAGCGGUAUUAUUUAGUUUGUUCCUCUCAGUGGAUACAGUGCUAUGAGCUACCAUAGUCCUGGCUAAGUGUUACCUUGUCUAACCGGGGGCCUUGACACCAUUUUAUUGUCGUCAAAUGUUCCUUUCUGUGCUCUUCAUGAUGACGUUACAUUAGCCAUAAGACAGUACGUUACAAUAGAAACUGAUAGUGUACAUUGUAACAUAUAGACUUUGCACUACAUACUAUUUUUGGCGUAACUAUGGCUCAAGGUCCUGCUUCACACAAGCGACACCUAUUGUCGCCUCCCAUUGUUAAUGAAUGUAAACAUCAUGUCAGCCCAUGUUCUGUCAUAUGAUGUCACAACAUACGUUACAUCAAGUACAUUGACAAAGGUGAUGUAUGUCUUCACAAUGUGUUAUGGAUGUUGAGCCAGGCUGUUACAACAACAGGCCCAAAUAGAGUAGUUAAAUAUGUUUGAAAUUUCCUCUUCCCAUACAGUGAAUGUGAAGCAGGGAGUCCUGCACUAAGUACCUGUAGCUGUAGCUUACUAAACAACAUUUUACGACUGAGACAGGAGUACUGUUUUACACCAUUUUAUUAAAAGAAAUCACAAGUGGCCAUUUUAAGUCGCGGUGAAUAACCAUUACUUGCGCAAAUGAAAAAUUAUCCUGUCAUUGUUGAUGUUGGCAGACAUUUUACUCAGUCUACAGGUAUCCUUCAUUGAUUUUUUUACUAAAUAUACUGUAUUUAUGCCUGUUACAUCACGUAAAGCUGUUUACGAAAUUCCUUUGUCUCUGAGUUUUUUUUUUAUUUUUUAACAAACACUCUCUUAAAAUCGAUAUAGGAAUUAGAAAUGUGUCAUAAACAUUUUGCUUUGUUUAUGCCUGCCCGUCAUUAUGACAUAUUUAAUCGCUUGAUGUCACACUGGACAUUAUGUUGGUUGUACCAUGACGAUCUCUUCUACUGGCCCCCGAUAGAACAGUUGGUAGAGCAUCGUCUUCAGGAGUGGUAAAUCCAGGGUCAAUCCUGGGUCAAGUCACACCUAGGACAUUAAAAAGGGGAGGUUGUAACUUCCUCGCUUGGCGUUCAGCAUGAAGGGGAUAGUGCAACGACUGGUUGACCUGUAUCAGUAUAACAGUUUGCCCACUUGCCUUCGGUAAAUUGUCUCAGUGAAUCAGCACUAGAUAACAGAGUGGCGGAAAUCCAUCCUGCAACAAGAGGCACAUUAUAUGCACUCUAAGGACUCCUUCGUGGUCAGAUGACUUAAAUUUUGUUAAGUACGACGUUAAACACCAAGCACUCACUCCUCACAAAUGACUAGCUCUGAACAUUAUGUCAUGCACAUCAACCCAAACAAUUCAUGCAACAUAUUUUACAGUCAAAAUUUUAACAAACUUUUCCAUUAAUUCACUUUAUACACAUGUAUGUUGAUUAACUGGUACUUUAAAGGAUACAUGAAAAGCUUAUAUUCAAUGAAGACUAUGGUUUAACAGGAAAUGAGAGGUACGCCAAAAAAAAUUCACUUUUGGGGCAUACUAUAGCUUUCUUAACUUAUUAAUUUUUUCCUAUUUUCUGUCAUUCAGAAAUGACGUGAUGGAUGAGCAAACAAAAACCAAGGGUUUCAUGUCAGUGUUUAGACCAUGUUUGAGAAUGUUUCAUUUACAAACCUGCGGUCAUAUAGGUAUCAGAAAAAACCCAGACUCACCCAAACCUUCCGUUCAGCUAAGGCCACGAAUGUAUGUAUGCCAUGCUAUGCUAUGAACCUAUACACAGCCAGCUGGGCAGAUCAAUGUAAAACGAAGGCCUGAAACCAGACAUCAGCUGUCAUAGUCUCACUUUUAGUUCUCCUGACAACUGGAUUGGUUGGUCAUAUCUUGUGGCAAGGGUGUAAAGAAACUAGCAUGCUAUCCUUUAUAAUACAUGUAAAAUAUUCUAAACAAGCUGAAUGAGGAAGUAUGUAUGCCCAAUUCAGAUUGACUGAGCUGGAUUUGAACACAUGGCAUCAUUGCGUACUGAUUAUAUAUGGACAUGAAAAGACCCCUGAACACCACAAUGGGGAACACUGCCAGCCUGUCCAAGCUGUGUACUCUUUCUGUAAUUCGUCAGUUUCUGUAUAGCUGUGCUCACAAAGCACGGAGGCAG